AUGGCUUCCUCAACUUUUUUCCCGAGAAGGCCCAUCGGGUCGCCGGCCGCCUGGCUAAAGUCCCUCCUCAUCGUUGCUAGUUUCCUCAUCUUUGUCCAACUUGCCCUCCCCCAUAUCAUGGCGCCCAAGGCUUCCGCUCUGUUGGCCGGCCUUGCUGUCUUCGGCACCGGCACCGGCAGCAGCGCCGGCGGUGUCGUGAAUGCAGCUGGCGGUGUUGAUCUGAGCUGGUACGCGCCCGCUCGCACAGAGGUCAAUAAUUUGACCGCCGUGAUCAACGGCAAGGGUGUCUGGGGUUUCAUUUAUGACACCUCGGAGACUCCCGACGACAGGUACGGGCAGUACAACUGGUGCAACAUGCCGCAUGUGCGCAAGACGGAGUAUGUGAAGCCGUCGGUUGAGUACGAGCUCAAGUACGUGGAAUUAGUUCACCGCCACCACAAACGCACGCCCUACGCCUCCAACGCCUUCCCCGUGGAGCCCUACCAGUGGAACUGCGACGACCAAGGACUCUUCUAUUACGGCGAGCCCUUUGCCAGCAGCAACAAGCCGGCAAAGACCUACUGGAAGGUCUACAUCUCCCCCGUCAAUCCCUUCGUCCCCGCGGGCUGGAUAGGAACCUGCCAGUUUCCCCAGAUCACCGCCCAGGGCCUCGACGACUCCUGGGUUCACGGCGCCGACCUCUACGGCGUCUACCACGAUCUCCUAGGCUUCAUCCCCGGCCAUGACACCGUCAACUCGCCCGAGUGGCACCGCAAGAUCAAGUACCGCGUCACCAACAACCAAAUCACCAGCCAGGUCGCCGGCAUGGUCGUCAACGGCAUGUGGGCCGCCACCGACUCCCUCCAGCUCAACAUCCAGGCCGCCGGCGUCGACUCCCUCGAACCGCAGUACCCCUGCCCCGCCGGCUACGCCCUCUUCAACCGCAUAAGAUCCGCCUCCAACGCCGCCUGGGCCCAGCACCUCGCCGCCGCCGGCCCCCUCUACGCCGUUCUCGACGACAUCUCGGGCGUCCCCGCCGACGACGAGGGCUUCCACGCCUCGCUGGACCACUACUACGACAACCUCUCCGCCCGCCAGUGCCACGAUAAGCCCUUCCCCUGCAAGCUCGUCGGCGGCGCCAACUCCACCACCUGCGUCACGCAGGACCUUGCCGACGCCGCCUACCGCCUGGGCCACUGGGAGUACUCCCAGCUCUACCGCGACAGCCCCGACUCCCUCGCCGCCAGCGUCGCGGCGUGGGGCGUCUGGGUCGCCGAGCUCGCCGUCCACCUGCGCGCCGUCGUCGACGGCACGAGCGAGACAAUCUACUUCCACAACGUCGCGCACGACGGCUCCGUCUCGCGGCUGCUGUCUAUUCUGCAGCUCGACCACAUGGUCUGGCCCGGCAUGGGCUCCGAGGUCGUCUUUGAGCUGUACAAGAAGCGCGGGGCGGACGACGGCGGCGAAGGCGGCGCCGCCAAGAGCCCUCCCGCGGCCGCAUCCACAUCCACGCCUGGCUCGGUUGAGAGUGGCUGGUACGUCAGAGUCCUCUGGGGCGGCCAGGUCCUCAAGUCGUCCCAUCCGGCACUGGGCCUGAUGGAUAUGGUACCCGUCGAGACGCUGCUGUCGUACUUUGAUGGGUUGGUAGGAGAGAACGCCAGCCUGAUCAAGGGCAAAUGCGCGUCUUGA